GUAUUUGUAGGUAUUCAAAGGAAAUAAAGACAGAGACAGCAUUGUUUAUCACCAGUUAAACCCACCCAUCAAAGCUCGCUACAUCAAACUUCGACCAACAGCAUGGUAUGGUCAUAUAUCACUAAGGAUGGAGCUGUAUGGUUGCUCAGCAGGUAUGAUUGUUGUCUUACAUGAACUUAUUUGGCACUGAAAAACGGAAGGGUGAAACACAUGUUUUGAUUAUAACCAGUAUAAUGCUGAAAUUGAUAUGGCAAGAACCUCUAGAUUGUUAGAUACUACGUUAUGACAUACAAAGAAAAUUUCUGCUUAAUCCAAAUUUUGUGUUACUUUUAAAUUUUCAAUAGAACUGUAUGUACCUACCCUCAAACAUACCUACAUACCUCAGUACAUAAAUACAUACACACAAACUGUUCUUUUACCUUCUUUAUUUCUGUAAAGAAUGUUCGGCACCUCUUGGCUUGGAGAGUGGACGCAUUAACCCUUGCGAACUGAAUUCCCAGUUUUCUGGGAAUUCCUAGGAAUUCCUAGGAAUUCUCAAAAAUUCCCAAUUAUGCAAAUGACCCUUGCAAACUGAAUUCCCAGUUUUCUGGGAAUUUCUGGGAAUUUCUGGGAAUUUCUGGGAAUUCCUAGGAAUUCCUAGGAAUUCCUAGGAAUUCUCAAAAAUUCCCAACUAUGCAAAUUAGCUCUGAUUUAAAAAGCUUGGAAUUACUGGGAAUUUCUGGGAAAGGAAGACUCCAGUUUUGUGAGGACUUGGAAUCCCUAGGAAUUCCUAGGAAUUCUCAGCUUUACAAACUACCUAUAAUUUAAGAAGUGUGGAACUCUUGGGAAUUUCUGGGAAUUGAAUUUGAGGCAAUUUUAAUACCCUGAGGUCCACAUAAAUUCUAAGAAAUUCUCAAUACCUUGAAUGUGAAGGUUUUAAGAAAAAGGGUAAUUUCAGAGGCUUAAAACUUUGGCUCAAUAAAAGGUAUGCUAUACAAAACUUACCAAGAGAUAUACAUACAUGUACAUGUUUAUAACUUAAAGAUCAUGAAAUUUAUUACUCAAACUAAGUUUUAGUAAAUCUUUACAUUAAUAUGGAUUUUCUCAUGAACCAGCUGUCAGUUAUGUUAAAUGGAAAUUGCCAACUUCCACAAUAAUUAACAAUAAUUACAUUGUUAUCCUACUUCCCUAACCUACAUUACUGGUUGCCUUUGUUAGAAAAUCUUGGAACAGUCAAGCUCAGUUGCCUCCAACUCUGUCAGAGACUUUUUGUUGACAAUACUUUUAGUAGAAAUUUCAUGCCUUAGACAAACAAAUUCAACACCUAAUUAAUCUUUCUUUUUUCAUGAUUGUUGUUGCUGCUUUUUUUUUCAGUUUUUUGCUCUAUUUUCAUGACUAAUUGCUGUAAUUUGUUUUGCUGUUUUUAUUCUUACAAAACAUUUUUGUAAGAGUUUCAAUACUUGUGGAUCAUCCACACACUUUGCAAACAUUUGGCAUGCAGACAAGACAGAGGUAGUCAAUGUUCCCUUUGCGGAAAAACACCUUUUAUAUGACGUCUUCAAUUUACUUUAUUUGAAACUCUGAUCUGAAAAUAUUUGUCAACAAGACUUGUUAGUAGUGAGAAAUACCAACUAAGUUUCCUUUCAUAACUUAAUUUCUUAAAUGUCCCAAUCACUGGAUCUCCCAAAAAACAUUACAUCUUUUUAUUUUUGGUGCAAAUUACAAGUCCUUCUUCAUAUAAAAAUGAAAAGUGCUAGUCACACUUCAAUAAUAACAGCUCUUAAGUUUACUUGUUGUUCUUCUCUGUCUGUCAGCUAUCAACAAAAUUGUUUUAUACUUCGGGCAGUGCAUAACUAUUUGUGGACCAGAGUUCCAACGCACCUCUGUAAUCGCAUAUAGCUACUUCUGUCUCUUGUACAAAUGUUUCUCCUUUGUAAGACGCACUCUACUCUGUUGUCAAUACUGCUUUAAGUUCAGUGGAAACGACUGACUGAGGAAUCGAGAUGGCGGUGUUGGAACGUGUUGCUGAACGCUUUCUACGGUCAAGCUUUGUAGAUUUAGGUACUGGUACACUGAGAUCAUCUAUGUAUCUCUUAUACUUCCGAAUGUGGUAUCCUUCUUUUACAAAUAUGAGGGUAAAAGACGAUUUGUAGUCGCAUUCAAAACUGUGAUUGGCUUGUGUUAUUUCUCACCUUUGCCAUUAACACCACUCAAGUGAGUUUCGAGUCUUUGUUUCCUCGACAACUUUCGGCCACAAAACGAGCAUUUGUAAUACGAUCGAUUCUUGUCGAUUAUUUCUACAUAGAGUGAGCUCACAUCUUUAUUUAUAUCACCAAGCUAUCCAUCUUCUAGAAGCAGAGAACCGGUCGGAGAAGUCAGAAUAAAGUUAGGCACUUCUCCUAACACUGCAAUCGGCAAGCCAGCGGAUUCACUCUGCUAGCCAAUGACAAGUCCUAAAAGAUCCACGUGAUCAUGCCCGUGAUCGGAAACAAAGAAGACUCCAUUUGGCGCUCAUCUUUGAAUGUACUUUUCAUCGGUUGAUCGCUUUUCUCAACUGUUUUGCUUAAUAUAACAUUUCUAAAGAUAGCUUUUAUUGUGGUUCAAUGGGAAAACGAGAAUAGCGUGAGUGUUGUAAAAGAAAAGAAAGUCGUUGGCGCCGUGGAGUUAAAAGAAGGGACAACAGUUGACAUGUUGACUGGUACAAACAAGGGUCGAAUGGCCGUCUGUAAAGCUACGAUUUUGAAAGUUUGUGGUGAGUAAAAAUUGCGAUAUUCGUUACGUGAUCAAAAUCUUAUAAAAGAAUAGAUGUAGCGGGUUGAAUUAAGCUUACAUAACGCUCGGCGCAACUGAAACUAGAAUAAUUCUGAGAAUCGAAUCGGUCACUUGCAUGCCGCAGUUUCUUAAGCUUAUUAUGCUUUACAAUGAAAUAAACCUAUCAGUAAGGUUUCAAGAUUCCUCUAGUCACGUUUGGGAACAUUCAAGAUUCAAAAUAGGAACUGUUAUUAAACAAACCUUAGUACAUAAAGAAGCCCUCCUUGGUAAAAACAAAAUAAUGUAUUCAGCCCUUUUUUAGUAAAAUCCAUGAGAGAGAUGUACUAACUCCAAUAUGAAAGUCACUCAAUAUAACAGAGAUUUCUCAAUUUGAGAAUCCAAUGAAUGCCCUUUUCCUCAUAGCCAUCUUAAAAGCCUGGUCUUAGCUUUAAAUAUACAUAUUUUAAUAUAUUAUUUUUUUUCAAAUUCAGAUGUCAAGGAAUCCAGAUACAAAAUGGUCAAGGUUCUUGUUGACAACCUCAUUCAAGGCCAACUCAUUGUGAGCCCAGGAAAAAAAAUACAAACAGUACAAACAGCAGCUAAGUUUGCAGUUUAGGAUAACUUCAUUCUAAUUUAUUGUUACGGUUAAAACAAGAUUUUAAUCAAAAAAUCAAUUUUAUUUGUCUGUAAUUAGCCCCUUCACUCCCAAGAGUGCUUGGUUUUCAAAUAUAACUUAAGAUAUUGUAUUUUAUGGAAAAGAAUCAACAGAUUUUAUUCACAAUUUGUGUCAAACCAAAUUUAAUGAUUGAUUAGAACUAUUUUAUAUGAAUAGCUGUAAUUGAGGAUUAAUUAACAUAAACAAUAACAUGACUGUGGUAACUGAUUAUUAAUUUUACUUGCAUGUAUUUGUAGGUAUUCAAAGGAAAUAAAGACAGAGACAGCAUUGUUUAUCACCAGUUAAACCCACCCAUCAAAGCUCGCUACAUCAAACUUUGACCAACAGCAUGGUAUGGUCAUAUAUCACUAAGAAUGGAGCUGUAUGGUUGCUCAGCAGGUAUGAUUGUUGUCUUACAUGAACUUAUUUGGCACUUAAAAAUGGAAGGGUGAAACAUGAUUGUUUUGAUUAUAACUAGUAUAAUGCUGAAACAUGGAUAUGGCAAGAAUCUCUAGAUUGUUAGAUGCUACAUUACGACAUACAUAGAAAAUUUCUGCUUGAUCCAAAUUUUGUGUUACUUUUAAAUUUUUAAUAGAACUAUAUGUACCUAUUCUCAAACAUACCUACAUACCUCAGUACAUAAACACAUACAAAUAAACUGUUUUUUUUCCUUCUUUAUUUCUGUAAAGAAUGUUCAGCACCUCUUGGUUUGGAAAGUGGACGCAUUAAAGACUCUCAACUCACUGCAUCUUCAGAGUGGGAUAGAAAUCAUGCAGCAAUCCAGGGAAGAUUGAACUUCAAGGCUGGUGGAGGCAAGCAAGGAGGAUGGUCAACUGGGAAGAAUAAUGGAAAUCAAUGGAUACAGGUGGCUCUUGGCAGUUACACUAAAUUAACAAGUAUAGCAACACAGGGAAGGAAUGCUCACAGCCAGUGGGUAACAGCAUACAAGCUACAGUACAGUGAAGAUGGAGUGAAGUUUUACUACUAUAAAGUACCAGGACAGAGCUCACCUAAGGUAAAUGUAGAAGCAGUUACUUGGUUUAAAACUGUUAAAAACAUAUCUUUAUGUCUGCACAGUAUAGACUGAGGUAACAGUUAUAAUAUGUUGCAAGUAUUUCAUAAUUAAGUCAUCUGCAAAUACCAAGGAGCUAAGCCCCUGAUCAUGCAUUCUACUAUGGAAAAAGUUAAUUAUGCCACAUAUCUAGCCUGGUAUUCAAAAUUGAAGUUUCUUGAUUUUCUCUUGCAUAUUUACAGCUAGUGCAAUCAACAUGUUAUAAUUUUAAAUGUAAGUUUAAACUACCUUUUAAAAUGGCAUGACUGUGGUAACUGAUUAUUAAUUUUACUUGCAUGUAUUUGUAGGUAUUCAAAGGAAAUAAAGACAGAGACAGCAUUGUUUAUCACCAGUUAAACCCACCCAUCAAAGCUCGCUACAUCAAACUUCGACCAACAGCAUGGUACGGUCAUAUAUCACUUAGGAUAGAGCUGUAUGGUUGCUCAGCAGGUAAGAUUGUUCUCUUACAUGAACUUAAUUGGCACUUAAGAAUGGAGGGGUGAAACACAUGUUUUGAUUAUAACCAGUAUAAUGCUGAAACAUGGAUAUAACAAGAAUUGGUAUAUUGUUAGAUGCUACAUUAUGACAUACAAAAAAAUUUCUCCUUAAUCCAAAUUUUGUGUAACUUUUAACUUUUUAAUAGAACUGUAUGUACCUACCCUCAAACAUACCUACAUACCUCAGUAAAUAAAUACAUAGGCAUAAACUGUUCCUUUACCUUCUGUAUUUCUGUAAAGAAUGUUCGGCACCUCUUGGUUUGGAGAGUGGACGCAUUGAAGAUGCUCAGGUCACUGCAUCUUCAGAAUGGGAUAGAAAUCAUGCAGCAAUCCAGGGAAGAUUGAACUUCAAGGCUGGUGGAGGCAAGCAAGGAGGAUGGUCAGCUGGGAAGAAUAAUGGAAAUCAAUGGAUACAGGUGGCUCUUGGCAGUUACACCAAAUUAACAAGUAUAGCAACACAGGGAAGGAAUGCUCACAGCCAGUGGGUAACAGCAUACAAACUGCAGUACAGUGAAGAUGGAGUGACCUUCUACUACUACAAAGUACCGGGACAGAGCUCACCUAAGGUAAAUGUAGAAGCAGUUACUUGGUUUAAAACUGUUAAAAACAUAUCCUUAUGUCUGCACAGUAUAGAGGUAACAGUUAUAAUAUGUUGCAAGUAUUUCAUAAUUAAGUCAUCUGCAAAUACCAAGGAGCUAAGCCCCUGAUCAUGCAUUCUACUACAUAUCUAGCCUGGCAUUCAAAAUUUGAGUUUCUUGAUUAUCUCUUGCAUAUUUACAGCUAGUGCAAUCAACAUGUUAUAAUUUUAAAUGUAAGUUUAAACUACCUUUUAAAAUGGCAUGACUGUGGUAACUGAUUAUUAAUUUUACUUGCAUGUAUUUGUAGGUAUUCAAAGGAAAUAAAGACAGAGACAGCAUUGUUUAUCACCAGUUAAACCCACCCAUCAAAGCUCGCUACAUCAAACUUCGACCAACAGCAUGGUAUGGUCAUAUAUCACUAAGGAUGGAGCUGUAUGGUUGCUCAGCAGGUAUGAUUGUUGUCUUAUAUGAACUUAUUUGGCACUGAAAAAUGGAAGGGUGAAACACAUGUUUUGAUUAUAACCAGUAUAAUGCUGAAAUGGAUAUAACAAGAAACUGUAGAUUGUUAGAUACUACAUAAUGAGGUGUGUAGAACAUUUCUGCUUGAUCCAAAUUUUGUCUAAUUUUUUAAUUUUUACUAGAACUGUAUGUACCUACCCUCAAACAUACCUACAUACCUCAGUACAUAAACACAUACACAUAAACUGUUCUUUUACCUUCUGUAUUUCUGUAAAGAAUGUUCGGCACCUCUUGGUUUGGAGAGUGGACGCAUUAAAGAUGCUCAGGUCACUGCAUCUUCAGAAUGGGAUAGAAAUCAUGCAGCAAUCCAGGGAAGAUUGAACUUCAAGGCUGGUGGAGGCAAGCAAGGAGGAUGGUCAGCUGGGAAGAAUAAUGGAAAUCAAUGGAUACAGGUAGCUCUUGGCAGUUACACCAAAUUAACAAGUAUAGCAACACAGGGAAGAAAUGCUCACAGCCAGUGGGUAACAGCAUACAAAGUGCAGUACAGUGAAGAUGGAGUGAACUUCUACUACUAUAAAGUACCAGGACAGAGUUCACCUAAGGUAAAUGUAGAAGCAGUUAUUUAGUUUAAAACUGUUAAAAACAUAUCCUUAUGUCUGUGCAGUAUAGAGAUAACGGUUAUAAUAUGUUGCAAGUAUUUCUUAAUUAAGUCAUCUGCAAAUACCAAGGGCUAAGCCCCUGAUCAUGCAUUGUACUAUGGAAAAAGUUGAUUAUGCCACAUAUCUAGCCUGGCAUUCAAAAUUGAAGUUUCUUGACUUUCUCUUGCAUAUUUACAGCUAGUGCAAUCAACAUGUUAUAAUUUUAAAUGUAUAAUGACCCCUUUUAUUUAAAAUAAAUAACAAUCCCCACACCGGGGUAGUCCCAUCAGAAAGUACAUCUCUGCUAUCAAGAGGAGCCCUGGUGAAUAGGAUCAUAAAAUAAAUCAAAUGCAUAAUGCUAAAAUCAAUAUAAAUAAUACUACCAAUAAUAAUAACAGCGGCAAGACUAAUAAUUUAUGUGCUAUCUAAAUAUCGAACGAUACUAUAAAAAUCUAUAUAUAUAGAAUGGUAUAAAAAUCUAUAAAUACACACAAAACAAUAAGAAUCUAGUCAAUAUAAAAUAUUAUAAAAAAUUCUAAUUAACUUGAAUAUUAUAAACAACUCAUCUAUGAUAAUAAAAAAAUUUCGUGGCUGUUUCAGUUCUAACGCGAGGCAAAUGAAGUAAAUUUCUCUGUCUUGUUCUGGUAUUAUUAAAAUUGAAAUAUUGCUUAAAAAAUUGAGGACAGUUACCAGAAAUGCAUUUAUUAACUAAUUUAAAAGUAUGUUCGUCUCUUCUCGACUGUAACUCAGGCCAUUUAAGAUCUAUUAAAGCUUUGUCACUACCCAUAGAUAUUGAAACAAUUUUGGAUGCCCUUCUUUGAAAAUUAUCCAGCAGUCUGGCAUUGCCCACUCCACAACAGUUCCAUACAGUGUCGCCAUUGUCUAAAAUUGGACAGAUAAAUGAUAGAUAUAAAUUGUUGGCAGCAUGACAAGUUAAAUCUCUUCAUAAUAGAGAUAGCAUACCUAAUCUUUUCUUAGCUUUAGAUAAAAUGUGCUGAAUGUGGGGAGCCCAAGAAAUAGUCUCAUCAAAUAUAAUACCAAGAUAAGUGAAUAUGUUUACCCGUUUUAAACUUUGUCCAUGAAAAGUAAUAUCAAAGUCUUAAUGUUUGGACAGUUUAGAAUGAAUUCCAAAUAGCAUGGCUUCAGUCUUGGUGGUAUUUAGAAACAAGCUGUUCACUUGAAGCCAUUCACCCAUUGUAUUCAGGCCCUCAUUCAGACUGUCUUCGAUGACUUUAGAGUUAUAUCCAGCACAAAACAGAACGUAUCAUCUGCGUACAUAAGCAUAUUACAAAUCUUAAUGCAGAGGGGCAAAUCGUUGAUAAGAAUAACAAAGAGUAGAGAGUCUAAUAUGGAACAUUGUGGAACACCAGAUGUUAUGUGUAGAGAAUCAGACGAGGCACCACCAAUGCCAACAACUUGGGUGCGGCCAGACAGAUAGUUUUCAAACCAGUUUCGCUCUUUGCCUUUGAUUCCAAGAAAGUGCAGUUUUCUCAACAAAAUAGAAUGAUCUAUUGUAUCAAAUGCCUUACGCAAGUCCACAAAAACUGCUCCCAUCAUAAAACCCUGAUCAAUAUUUUGCCGGAUUGUGUCUGCGAAGGACAGAGCUGCAAAUGUUGUUGAGUGUUGUUUGCAAAAUCCACAUUGGAAUGGGCUAAGUAGAUGGUUUUCUUGUAAAUAACUUACUAGUUGAGUAUGCACCACUCAUUCAAGUAACUCUGAUAUUGCAGGUAAGAUAGAUAUGGGGUGAUAAUUGUCAACAUUGUCUUUCCUCCCUUUCUUAAAUAAUGGAAUAACAUAAGCAGCUUUCCAGUCGUCUGGAACUUUGCUCUGAGACAGUGAAGCAUUAAUUAUUGCUGUAAUAGGUUUAGUGACUAUUGCAGAAGCGUCCUUUAGAAGUCUUGGUGGAAUAUUAUCUAAGCCCACAGCUUUGCCUGAUUUAAGUGGUCGGAUUUCAGACAGAACAGUAGAUUGAGAAAUAUUUGUAAACAGAAAAGUAGAGUUUGUAGCUUUUGUUAAAGAUAGACUUGACGAGAGGUUCGAUGCAGCAUUUAUAAAUGAUUUGCAAAGGUUGAUAGCUGUAUUUACAAAGACAUUGUUGAAAGAAUUUGCAAUUGAGCUUUUUUCAGUUAUUACUUGACCAUCAACUUUUGAGUUUUGGUGAUGGUUGUUUGCUUUUGGAGAGCAGGAUUUUCUUAACUGUUCACCAGAAUGAGUUGGGAUCGCCAGCAUUCUCGUUGAUGAGCCUUCGAUUGUAGUUUUCCUUUUCCUUUCUGAUUAAAUUGGUAACUCAAUUUCUUUGUAAGUGGUAUCUUUUCAGUCUGAGGGAAGUCCGGUGGUGUGAGCUUUUUUCUGUAAAUAAUCCCUUUGUCUCAUUUGACGUUUGAUAGAAGUAUUGAGCCAAGGAAAUAAUUGUUUAAGCCCCUAACGCGUUUUACAAUAGUGGGGUGUGACGUUCUGCUAUGUUGGUAAACUUAUCUUUGAAGGACUGCCAAAGCUCAUUAACAUCCUUAUUGUUAACGUUUUCACUUGGGAGAUCGAAGUCUGUGUUUUUCAAGUCCUCAAGGAAUUUAUCUGGGUCGUAAUUUGCAUAAUUUCGAAAUGUUUUAAGUUGUUAUGGAGUCUUUUUCCAAUUUAUCUUUCUGACACAGAAAGACAUUUCAUGAUCGCUUAAGCUAGUACCGGUGACGACUCCAGAGUCUUUAAUGUUUUGUGGAUGGUUUGUAGCAAUCAGAUCAAUCAUAGUUCUAGAUUCUGCAGUGACUCUUGUAGGCUCCUUGAUUAUUUGAGUAAACUGCAACAAUUUAAAUAAAGAUUUAAGUUGGUUACAUUCUGGGAUAGUUGAGCAUUUUGAUGCAAAGUCAGUGUUCCAAUCUCCAAGUAAAAGCACUUCUUGACCCUUUGAGACAGUAGUGUUCAGAGUGUUAUUCAUUUUUGAACAGAAACCUUUAUCAUAGUGGUUAGAUGAGUUUGGAGGUCGGUAUAAACAACUGGUUAGUAAACUACGCGACUUUGGAAGGGAAACUUCAAGCCAAAGGCCUUCUAUGUCGGGCCUUUCAAGAUCUUCUCUUCUGUCAACCAUAACAUCAUUGCGAACAUAUUGCUACGCCUCCACCUUUCCCCUGUCUGUCCUUUCUAAACAGUUUAUAACCAGGAAUUGAUAAUUCAUUGUCAGGAAUUGAGUGCUUUCACCAAGUUUCAGUGUGCCCAAAGAUGUGAAUACUAGAUUUGAGUUUCCUUAACAGAAGGCGUAGUUGGUCGAUUUUCCAUGGUAGGCUUUAAAUGUUCUGAUGUAUCAAUUUCAAGCCACGAUUAUUGACAAUUUCUUGAAGUUUUAAAGGAAGAUCAAUCUCAUCUUCACUAAGAUCAUCAAGUGACAUGUUGUUAUCAGAGCUGCUCAUAUGACAGUGGCCUGAAGAGUCAAAAUCAGGACCAAGACUCAUUAGAUGAAAAUCCUUCUUGCAUGAAGUACAGGGAAGACAAGCAUCAUCUGUUUUUGUAAUUUUGAGACAGAGAGGACACUUUGGUGUAUCGCUAACUGCAAUAAGCCAGUUACUAGUAACUACAAUUUCAAGUAAAACAUCAUGCUGUUGCCUGUUAAGGGUUUUUUGUGUUUGAAUGGUCCCCUUUUUGUGACUGCCACUGAAUUUAAGGCAUUUCACUACUGCGCAAACUUGAGCUGAUCUUUAUCACAAGGAUCCAUACUAUAGCCUCAUGUGCAUAUGUUAUAACCCUUUUGGAGGUAUGAAGGGUGACUAACAUGUCAAGACUGCACUUAAUCAACUAACUGGCAAGUCUUUGAUUUGCAUGGUAUCAUUAGAUUUUUUAACUCUUUAACUCCCAAGAUCUAAUUGUUUAUUCUCCUCUCUAGCUGCUACACAUUUCCUCAUAUAUCAGUUAUGAAAACUUAGUGUUAGAUUCUUCUGCCUGAUAAGUUGGAGUUUCUCAAUACCUGUUUAAUUUGCAGGAUAAUGUAUGGAUGUCAUAGGGAGAAGUUAACCUCUGAGAGUUAAAGGGUUAAUCUGAUUUUUUCAUGUACAGCCUGCUUCAGCCAGAGGGAUUGGAAUCCGUGUCAUUCACAAGUGGAAUCAAAUUCCAAGGAAGAGACCUGUUAUUGUUCAGAGGUAUGCUGUAUAUCUCCCUCUGAGUUUAUUAAACUAGUAUGUAACUUGUGUAUGUACUACUCAGUAUUGUAGGGAUAUAAUACUCAACGAUAGCAACCACAAUGCUCUAGUACAUGUACGUUGUGUAUACAUGGUAGAGAGAUGCCACAACCUUUGGAGAUUUCAAGUCCAGAGUUUCAUUACUCAUGGGUGACAGUUACCUCUGCAGUGAGGCUACUGUGACUGCCUUUCCUCCCAUCCCCUCCCCCAUAAAGAUGAAGCAGACCCCCCCAGAAUAAAUUCAAACAUUUAAUCAGGCUGUAAUUCUCACAUUGCUUCUGCAGUGGUACUUCCUUGUUGAAUUGUAAUUUAGCUGCACAGUGCACGAUAGUUGUUAUAGACUAUAAUUGGUUAAGCUCUGAUGACUGAGUGAGCACUAAGCAUGUUCAUAAGAAGACUAGUCAUUAAUAAUGGUUUGUCAUCCAAUGCAGUCUGUAAUCAUACAAGUGAUUUACAAAAUCAGAGGACCACAAAGUGUGAGUCCGAUUUGCCACUCACAAGUAUGGUUACAGACAGAAUCGGAUGACUCAAAGUCCUGUUACCAAUUAAUCAUAACAGUUAUAAUUUCUGAAAACAACAAAUACAUUCGGACAAAUAUGUGCUGGAGAGACAAUGUUUAAGUGGAAAAUUCCUAAACUUUUGGAAAUUCCACAAUUUUCCUAGGAUAAGUGAUUGUUGCUAUGGUUAUUGUGAUCAAUUCUGUGAUUGGUGGAUUUGACUGAAAGGACUAAGUAUGGUUGGCUGCUUCAACUGUCAGAUUGCAGGUGUCUGAUUACAGCCAAUUAUCCGAUUACAACUGUACCUAAUAUUUAGUGAAGAAUAAAGCAGCUAAUGCACCAAUCAUAUUUGAAGAAAUUGUAACAAUUUGAUUAAUAUCAUCGUUGUUGUGAUUUUUAGGUACCUUGCAAAACCGUUUUUCAUCAAUGGAAGCAAGUUUGAUCUUCGAAUCUAUGUCUACGUCACUUCAUACGAUCCACUUAGGAUUUAUGUCUUUGAAGAUGGGCUUGUGAGAUUUGCAACAUGCAAGUAAGUUUUCAAAGACUCAAACAUGACAUUCAAUAAAUAGAUGUGUGCAUGGUUAAAUAGUUGUGAAGGUUUAUUUGUCCAGCGCUACACUGUACACCUCCUAGGAUUUCCAUCUCCAUUUUUUUUUCAAGGUACUCAUCAUCCAUGAAAAGUUUAAGCAACAAGUUCAUGCAUCUGACAAAUUACAGCAUCAAUAAAAAGAAUGAAGGAGCUUACCAAGCGAAUUCAGAUGAAACUGUUUGUCAGGGACACAAAUGGUAGGAUAAAGUAGUGUUGUUCAUUCACUUGUACAUGUACUUACUGUAAUAAGCUUAAACCCCUAAACCCAAACAGUGAUUGGCUUCUAAUUUCUCCUAACAAUAUCACCCCUGAAUCAAAUGUAAAGGCCAUGAGAAUAUGGGAAAUGAUCAUCAGUUUAAGAAGCUCCUGAUUGUCGAACAACUUGUAUUCUCGUCAGUACCACAGGAAAUGUAGAACAAAGAGAACAGUGUGGAGAACGUAGUUACUAAUUUUAAGGUGUAAACAAUUAAUUUGUUCGGCCUUGCAAAGAAAUGUGUAGGGGUAGAGCAAGCUCAGUACAGACGAUAUUCCGACGCUGUCGUCAAAAAAUUAUUCUUUCCGUCAGUACUUCCAAGUCAUGGUAUAUUUACAUUUGGAGUACAUUUGUAUUUAAUUUGAUUGCAACCUUUCUCAUAGAUAACCUGAAAAACAAACAUUCCAUUUUGUUAAUUAAACGUGACGCUUCUGUUUGUAGGAGUUUGAAAGCUCUCUGGGGUUACAUGAAACGCAUGAACAUCAACCAUGUUCAUGUUUGGGAUACAAUAAAGGAUUUGGUUGUCAAAGCCAUCAUAGCGUAAGUAACAGAAAGUGCUGUUGUUGUAAAGUAAUACUCACUGGAAAGUUAGUAAAAUCCAUCUUGACAAGUACAGCUGCACAACAGUCCAUAGGUUGAAGUUUCUUUAGUAACUCAGCUAGUUUGAACUUGCGUUAGUUUGGCCAUAAAAGGCAGAAGCCGCCAGCAUUAUAGAACGAGUUCCUGCGAAGGUGGCGUAGCGGCAAAAACAAGAUACCGACACGUUUACUGAUCAGUUUUAACGUUUUUUGAGCCGCAAAUGUCUUAUUACGUACGGAGAUGAUAACUUUGAAAACUUUGUAGAUAAUAAAGAACGCAUGUAAAUUAUCACUAUAGAUACAUUUUUUGUCGCAUUUUGCUGAAAACUUGAACCCUGUCAUUACACUGUGCUUGUCCAAGAAUCUGAAGGUCUAUUUUUACUUAUUUCUACAUUUUCACCAUUUUCGCCGUUUCUUUAAAUCUUAACAUGCACAAGAAAAUUUAGUGAAAUUGAACUUCUUGAUGUGAAUGUUUCAGUUCUGACUCAGCGGUAAACACCAUGGUGAAACAGAAUGUGAGAAAAAGGUAAGAGACUGCAGUUGGUCUUGAACAACAUUUGUGCAUUUUGAACAGAGUUUAGUUAUAGUACGUACGCUAUGAUUGGUCUAUUUACCGGGCUGUUUAUGGCUGUAUGCCCCCCUCAAUUCAAAAUUUUGUUUGAAUUGAUAUCUUCGCGCACUAUUUGAACCCAGAGAUGUAACAAGUGUAAGUAUUAACAUGAUUUCGAGUGUAAUUUGGUGCUCAUAAGCACGAGUAAUUUUUUCAAAGACAACAGAAUUGCAUGAGCUCAUAGGGCAAGUGCUAUUUGUAAUCUUUGAAAAAUUUGCAAGUGCUUAUUACACCAAAAAGAAAAAGUUAUGAAAAAGAAAAAUUAUGUAAUUACUUGGUUAGUAAUAUACUUGAAAAAACAUUGCAGAAAGUCGAGACAAACGAAAUUUGAAAGCGUGCGCGCGCCAUUUGUAACUUGCACUUGUGCUACAACUUUGCACUCGUGUUACAUGAGAAUGCGCUCGUUUUCAGCUAAUCAGAAGCGCGUAUUUUUUUUAAUGUACUUCGUUAAUAUCUUACUAAACUCGUUUUCAUGGUCCGUAAGGUAAGUUACAAAAUCUGUUUUUUUUCCCCGCUGGAACAUCUAACUCAGUCAGUAUUACUAACUGUAAUAUCUUUACUACCAUCUACAACAUUGUCUAGAUCUUGCUGUCAUGAGCUUUUUGGAUUUGAUGUCAUGUUGGAUGAGACCCUUAAACCGUGGCUACUAGAAGUGAAUAUAUCUCCAAGGUAAUUCACGCAUUUGUCAUGUUCAGAAAUAUUGACCUCGCGAGAGAUACCAGUAUUCAACCGAAAUUCACAUACUCAAGAGAUUGAAAUACUGACCUCGCGAGGGAUAUGUAUCCAACUCUAAAAUUUUCAUUCUUAAGGGAUUGUAGUUCUAUGGUGUUCUUGUGAACCCAUUCAAAUAAUUGUUUUCGCAUGCAAAAAAAUUUUUUUUCCAUGGUCCGCCAGACAUUGGAACAUAGUAAGGGACAAAAAGGCUGCCAUUUAUAAUUUUUCUCAUCGAAAACGAGGAUGAUUUUUAACUUAUUUUUCAAAAUGCUUUUUAAUGCACAUCUUGUGUUAAUUGAUUUAUUGCGGGACAUUUACGAGCAUUCGUUUUGUUUACUCUUUGUCUGAAGUGCAAUAAGAUGCGCAGCAAGUUGUGUAAAAGGGUGUGCAAUAGGAUGUGCAGUAAGAUGUACAAUUAGGUGCGUAUUGAGAUGCGCAGAAAAAUGCGCGUUCGUUAAUCGAGUAAACUUCGUCAACUUCCUCCCCAGUCUUCACUCCACCUCUCAACUGGACCGUAACAUCAAGGGACAGAUGAUAAAAGACUUGUUAAACCUGGCAGGGUUUUGCAUCCCAGAAAACCUGAUCACAACCUCAACUUCAAGGUCAGUCUAACUAUUGGAAUAUCAGAGAGAAAUUGAAAUUACGAGCUAUUUGCAAAUGAUGAAUAGUGAGGCACGUGACUCCGCCAACAUGUAAUUUUUCAAUAUGGUUGCAUUGUGCAGCGCACAUAUGAGUAUAAUGUAUUAUGAACGUGAAAUUCCUGUUUGGUUUCAGCACUAGUAACAUGAACCAGUUUGUUCAAGAUAAAGCUGUGACGGGUCUUUCUUCAGAUGAGAGAGGAAAGGUGAAUAUAUGUUAUUGAUGGCAAAUACUUACAGAUAUUUAGAACAACAUGUUUUUGUGUCAGUUUGCCAGUCUUAAUUUACUGUGACAACGUCAUAUAUAUAAUGGUAAUAGGACCGAGUGGAGUCCAAUUCGGUCGGUAAUCAUACGAGAGUUUAACAAAAUUGGACGACCGCAAAGCGGGAGUCCAAUUUGUCAAUCAAGAGUAUGAUUACAGACAGAAUUGGACGACAAGAGGUCCUGUUACCAAUCAAUCAUAACGAUUACAAUUUCUAAAAACAACAAAUACAUUUAGGUCAAAUACCUCCAGUGGAGACAACGACUAAAGUAAAAAAAAUUGUAGUAUAGUAAUAGUAUAGAUUUAUGUUUCGAGAAGGGAAAUAGUUAGACAUGCUUUAUUGAGUGCUUUUGUAUUGGAGAUUGCUGCUGACUUAAUACUUCUCCUUCACUGACCCCAACAUAUUGUUUAAUCAUUUUACUUAUGAGCCUGCCUUACGGAUUAUUAGAACGUACAAAUGAUGUUAAAAAGUACUAACUAUAGAUACAUUCCAUUAUUUGCGAAAAUUUAAGAAGGAAUUGACUUCGAACCAAGUCAAACUGUUCUUUUGUGUGUCGUCUUAAUUUGUUUAAGUGUUGGACGUUAUUUUUCUUGUGUUUCAGCAUGCGUUUUAUGUUCAACGUCAUCUAGAUGAGGUAGGAACACAUUUUAGAACGUUUCCCUUCAAAUUCCUUUCUUUUAAAUGAUUGCAUCUAGAAAUCCCACAAUGCCUUUAUUAUUGAAAUAUCUUGCUGACAGUUACACAACAUGUUUCAUGAACUCGAAAUUACGCCGCAGAGAGCGCUUAAAGUCUGCAGACACUUGACCCUUUUACUGGCUUUUCUAGGAUGCAUCAGGAUGAAUUGCGUCAAAACCCAAACGAAAGUUACCACACAGCCAGCCCAAAGAAAGAAAUUAAAAAAAAGAAAAUGUCGCAAUGAACUAAUAAGACAAUUUACGGUGAAAUCAAAGAAAAUGCUUCGAUCGCGGAAAGGCAAAAGGGACCAAGUAGUUGGGAUUUGUGUUAGUGAACAUCAGCAUCUUGUUAUUCAAGAGAGUGUCGAGUUUUCUAAAACAAUCACAUAGGCUGUUGGAGCUUAAGAAACAUCAGUUUAAUCCAAUGCAAUCCCUAGCUGCGUUCGUCACUUACUUUGGAUUACUCGAAUUUUGAAUUUAUUGGUAAGAAAUUUUAAUAAUACAAACUUGUAAUCAGUUCACUUCUCUUUCAUUCAUGUCUUUUAGCGCACGAAACAGUCAAUCCUUGACAUCUUAACACCAGACGACAUUAGAAUGCUUAUGGAGACAGAGGAUGAGGUACACUAUACAUUCGAAUUUUUGAACAAAUUUUUGUUUCGAUUUCUCUUCGUAGUGAAAAGCAAAAUUUACAAAGUUUAUUGCUUGUUAUGCGUGUGUGAAAUAGAAAGGUGAAUUCAUUUUAUCCUUUAUAAGAGAAUGCCAUGCAUUCGAGAAAGUGAAACUUUCCGUAAUGUAGCAUAGCUCGAGCGUUUCUAUUUUCCCUCACAGAAUAGUCGAAGAGGAUGCUUUCAGAGAGUUUUUCCAUCCAUGUCGUCCAACAAGUAUUUAAGAUUCUUUGAGUCUCAGGUGAGGAUAAUUUUACGUACAAACAGUCAUUACUACCUCAUUAAACUACGGGCAGUCCCUGCUUGUUGCCGAAGUCCGUCGCGUGACCAAAAGAAAUCAGAGAAAAAAAGGAAGAUUUUAGCGCGCCGCGCGGAUUUAUGUAGUAGGUACUACUUAUAGUGUGUGCCACUCUCAGAGGUCCGAGCGGUGCGCCAACCAUUUCUUUCAAUCACUGUUUUUUUCCCCCGAAUGGUGCGACGGACUCCAGCAAUUUUGCUCUCUUUUAAAAUGACUUUCUCUUCCCUCCAUCCUUGAUCGAAUUUUUUUCUGCCAAUUUCCUUAUAGAGAUAUUACAACAUUUUGUUGGAUGAAUGGACAAGAAAAUACAUGAGAGAAGGGCGGAGCACAGUCCUGGGUAAGUUUAAAUUCAGGUAGAAAAAGCUAGGUCACCGUAAUGUAUAUUCGGAAAAAGUAAACUACGUUAUUUGCAGUCUGUGUAUGUAUUUGCGAUAUUUAGACUGGCUGGCUCAGUGCAGCUCAGAGCUGGUUUAAAUGGGGGCCUGUUUAAGACCAGACCACUACACCGGGAGUCGUGCGUUCCACAACGUGAGCUGAACAAGUGUAGUCCGUGUCACUCUUUAAAAUUCUGCGUCUUUUUGUUGCCCUUAUGGUCUUAAGUUUUUUCUUGUUAUGUUUCUUACGAUUCUACACUGUAAAUGUUUAUUUAAAUUGGUCUUUUUUCUUACACAGGAAUCGCUGUUCUCCAAGCUCUUGGUGAAAAGAAACUUCAUAUUGGGGCAACCUCGGAUCCAACACAUCAAGUGAGGCUUAAUUUUAUUAAUUGAUUUAUUUGUUUUCGCAAAGAAAGUAAUCAUUCCUUUAAAGAUUCUGAAAAUAGUUCGAAAUUCUAUUUGGAUUACUGACUGACUGAUUGACGACUAACUGAUUGACUGACCGACUGACGACUGACUGAUUGACCGACGGACUGACGACUGACUGACUGACUGACUGACUGACUGACUGACCAGCUGUGUAACCGGUUAGCUGGCCUGCUGACUGACUGACUGACUGAUUGACUUACAGACCGACCGACUGACUGAAUUGAUUGAAUCGGAUCCAUCGAAUGAAUGGUUUUAUCAAGUGACUUAUAGAAUGAAGAACUGACUGGCUGAUUGAUUAAUUGAUUGAGUAAUCGAUUGAUAGCUCGAUCACAAGAUUUAAGGCUUUAUCGAUUAAUUGAUUGAGAGACGCCUUUUCCUCACAGUGGAAUUGCCCUCAAGGUAUAACGUACAGGUCCUCCUCCGCUCCAGCUCUCAGUUUGGACCACGGACUCAUCAAAUCAAGGUCGGUGUAAAAAAUUAAAUUCCGACUUAAUGUCGAUUGAUAAAAACUGCAUAUCGCUGUUUGUUUGUUUUGAUAUUCCUGAUGAUAACAUUUAUUUAAAGUCAAUUUAUAGGUUGCCCUCAAUCUGAAACACCAUGUCACUCUCCGUCCAUUCUCAGUGUUCUACAUGUUCUUGAACGUUUCUUCUUUCUCUCAGACGCUUCUCAGCACCAGCUGCGAGAAUAAAGGAGUGGAACAACUCAAACUCUUCAUCUACUUCUAUUAGGUACAUGCUGGAAAGGUGCUGCAUGGUUUUUUGGGAUUGGCGCAGUUUCUUUUAUGUUGACUUUGGUCCUUUUUCUACGAUGGGUUCUGAUUAUUCUCCUCCGUGCUCUGCACUACUUCACACACUACUUCCUUUGUUGUUCAUCCUUGUUCCUCAGAAACUCAUUCUAAGCUUGUUUAAGCUUUUUUCUAGAAGCUCUCUUGCCACUCUACUUCCUGGUUUUCGUGCUUAGAUAUUUGAGUUUGUUUUAAAUGUUAAGCUUCUUUCUUUAUUACAAUUUAAAAUUGUUUACAAGUUCGUAUUUGCUAUGUAUUUACUCUGUAGUCCGCACACCUACUUUAAAAGCUACAACAGAUCCAUUGGUAAUCAGAAGGACUCAUUUCUCGCUUUAAGCUCUGUUAGUUGAUUGUACUGCUCGCGCUGUUUCGAAUUGAGAUCAUCACUGAUUGUUUUGACUUUAUUUUUCCUUCCUCACUGUUAGUAGGCUUUCCUCUGCUUCUUCAACUAAGACUAUCAAAAGGUAUUAUGUCAGCAAUUUUUCAUGUUCCUAAACAUGUCCCAUAUGAAUAUAUCCAAAUUUGGUUGCGUGAAAGUCUUCAAAGUUCAGUCUUAGUCCGGUUCUUUUCUCCCAUGCAAUUAUUUCUCUCCCCUUUUUCCAUUUCUUGCUUUUCACCUUUUUAGGAAUAGCACAGCUUCCAUCUUGAAAAAUUCUCCGCGGAGAAAAUCAGCUGUUACAUCAUUUAAGGGCAAAAGGUACUCUUUUUUCUCCCGGUCUUUCUUGGGACACUGAAAAUUCAUCACUAAUUUCACAUUACCUGUACGCAUCUUUGCGACGAGGGGUGAGAUUCUGAUCGCACAUUCCAGAUUAUUGAAGAGCUGAAUGUGAAGAAAAGGAACUAUCAUGAUUCAAUACGGUUAAGUUGCACGCGUUGUAUCGACAGAUUGUUACAGAGGAAAGUCAUGAACAGGAUCAUAUCCAGGGUUCCCAGGAAAGGGAUUUGUUUCUAAACAUCUCCUUGUUGUUUAAGUCUGUCAUUUUUCUCUUAUCCUCAGAAGAGAUGUAUCCGCAUGGCAAAAUGUGACAGUGACAAACGAAACUUUGUUCUUUCUGAACCUUUUCCUACUCCUUAAAUUUUGGAUCCUCAUUCUAGUUUGGCGAUUUUUCCUCUACUGUACUUUAUUACUAAUCUCGACUUCACUUUCUUUACUUUCCUCUUUUUCUGCCGGCCGAUACCCGGAAAAAGACGACCGUCCUGAUGUUUUUCCUUUUUCGUCCUCUCUUACCCUUCCAUCUUUGGUACUCUAACUCUGUCUUUUCUUUUUGUUGUCCUCCUUUCUCCUCUCUUUAUCAAAUAGAAAACUUCGGACAACUCCACGAUGUAAGUCAGCUCCUUCUUGUAGACGUAAGAAUAAAGAAAAUUCGGAAAGCUCUAAUGAAUCAGGGUAAUAUAUAGUAACUUUCACUUUUUGUCUUCAUCUUUUUCUUUCAUUUCUACAUCAAAACUCUAAUCUCUGUAGUUCACUCUACAACUAUUUUAGCUAUUUCGUCCCAUGUUCCUGUAAAUUAAUCGUUAAUUCACAACUGACAAUCAAUGAAUUUCGAUCAAUGAAUUUCCUCAUUGGCCUAAGAGACAAUCUUGAAAACUGCAGUUUAGUUUUAGGUGUGCAAAGGUGAUCUUAAUAGAAAGUGGCACUUUGCUAUAUAGUUACAUGUUCUCAAAAACGCAGAUGCACUUAUGAAGUUUUUAGAUCAUUUUACCCCAACAUUUACCCUAACCUGUUAUCAGUUGACAGUCGUUGGGUUAGGGGAGGGGUAGGAGCGUAUUUGCUUAGAUACCAACAGUAAUUCCAAGUUCAGUUUUAAAGUGUCAAAGAUACUUAUGUAAAGUGAAACCGGUUCCUUUACUGAAACGACGAUGGCCACGAUGGCCAUUAAGGCCCAGGGUGACCAUCAGACCUACAGCUCAAACUUCCGCCAACCCAGGAGAUCUUAGAACUUCAUUCUAGGCCACAUAUACCACAGCAGUUUCAAAAGUAGCUUUCUGAUAUUUUGUCACAGCCAGCACUAAAUAGUACUGUGUCAAGAACCACUAUCCGUCUUUUUCUUUCCAGUGCUUCGGCUCCGGUGCUUCUGCCUAAAAUAAAGAAGAAGUCAACAAAAUCGCACACAUCCAAGGUGGGUUUUUCUCAAACUUCUUGUAGAAAGUGCAAUCUCUUUUUACUGAAUACCCCGCUUAUUCCAUGGGAAGUCACUUCAGUUUUUUGAGCUCCUCCUCACGAUACGUUUGUCUUGCUACAACUGAAUAACAUACACUUGAUUUCUACUUUGUAUUAAUGUUUAUCUCCUACGUUAAACUUGUUUAACUCAAUCGCCCUUAGUUUGGCUCCGUCCUCGUAGUUUUUCAUCCUCUUCAAACAUCGUGUUUGAUUUCCAGGUCAGCCAUUCAACUCUACAAAAUCGCUCUAACCUAGAAAACUCUAACCGAACGUGCAAGAUUUUUAGGGACUCUUCGCGCCGACUGACCUUACCUCAGAUCAAAGAGCGUGAAGCAGUUAAAGCGAUUUGUUGUACGGUUCUCUGUUUGUUAGUACUAACAGCACUGAUUAAAACUUCGAAGUAUUCAUUCGCACCGUAAAAAUAGUCAGUUAGCCACACAUUCAGUUAGUUUACCGCUUACACAAGCCGUAAAGCAAACGAACCAACGGUCAAGCCUCGGUGAGGGUUACGGAGCUAUUUUAUGAACACGGAGCAUAACAAAUUACAAAUUUUUUUCGUUAUGAACACAGCCACGCUAACGCGCUGCCCUGUAGCUUUCAUUCCAAUGUUUUGUGACAUCAUUAUGCAAAACUCAUUUUUUACGAAGACUGCCAAAUAUUAGCUUGGUGAGAUUUAAAAACGAUUAAUAGGUAAUGAUAAACCCCGCUGGAGCAUGGAGGGUAGAAGGCAUUUUCCUCUUUUCCACUGGACUUUAUCAUCACACCUCCGCCCACGGGUUUCUGUGAUGGCCACCAGCGCCACGAGGAAGACUGAAGACCAGUCAAACCUUGCAUAGGGUAAUUUAGUAUUAUCAAUUGAAUUGAUAACGUAAAUUAGCCACCGUGAAGAGUUUCGAAGAUAAAAUUUCGAGAAUUAGCCCUUCAUCAGAGCGAAUGGAGGAAUUGUGGGUUGUGUGUAUGUGUUUAUUUGAAGACCUUGCAUAGCCUAACAUUUGUAGCCUAACAUAUCAUGAAAUUGUUAUGCUUGAUUUUCAACUUAUUCUUUUUUUUCAUCAGAUGUCUUCCAGCUCGGCCACAUCCUCUGAGCGAACCCGGCAGAUGCUGAGAGCUCGGAUGAAAUCGAACAUCUGACUAGUGCAGGAUAGAGGGCCGCUUACUGUGACAACAACUACCAUACCCUCUCUCCCUAGUAUUAAUCCACAGCCAGUGUGUAUCGGAGGGGAGGGUGAAGAGUGCAUCCAGAGCCGACAUGCGCAUUGCACGAUUGAGACAUGCCCACAGAAGCGAGUUCUUCAUGAACUGUUGAUUCAUCUGAACAGACUCAAUUUAAGCUCAGAUAGAUAUGCUUGAUCCUUUAAUUGAUUCAUUUCGAACUGCAAGCGUUCUUGUAAUAUAAAUGUACAUAUUCAUAUUUUACGUAUACAAAGAGCGAAAAGUGAGAAUAGACGUAAUUUUCAUGAGACAUUUAACCCGUGUGGGGUUAGAGCAAACGUGAAUAUAAUGUUUAAAAAAAAUCAUCACUCUAUCGAAGUUCUGUUUGCAGAUCUGGAGCAGAAAUGUUUAUAGCCAAAGCUUUAGAGAACUGCAAUAAGGAAAGAAAGGUAUUGUUGAGAUGAUGAUACCUUAUAAAUAAUUAUUUUCUUAUGCAUAAUUUCCAAACACCGAAUUUUCUUCAUGAUAUUGAACAGAUGUAUAUAACAGUAAAUACUUCUUAAUGCUUGUAAAUCCAAUUUCCAUGAUUGACACAACUUUUUACCAUAUUCUAUCUGUUGCAAGUUUUUCUACGUAUUUAUGUACUAAAUGGAAAAACAAUUUCCACAGAAAAAGCUAAUUGAUAUAACUACAAAGGAAUUGAUAACGAAUUAAAAACGCUGCAUUUUAUCGUGAAACACAUAAUAUAACACAAUUAUUUUAACAAAUAAAAACGAUUGUGAAGAAUCGUUCGUUGAACUCUGAUGUGUGCAGGGGAGAAAUUUCAACACAGAGAUUCCGAAAUGUGUCCAUCGAGAAACAAAAAUGAAUAAGCUUAACACUCAAGUCUCCAAAAUGGUUUACCUGCCAAACCUUCGAAUGAAAAAAGGAAAGAAAUUGAAAAACAAAAGUAAAAUAGUGUAAAGAGAAUUAAUCUUGUGCAUGUUGUUAACAUAAACUUGUGACGUUUCACGGAAGAGGCUGAACUGGUAUAUUCUCGACAAAAAUAUUUCAAACAUGGUUGAAGAACUAGAACCAGUACAAGGAAAAGAAAGGUUUUCGUACCAUCCAAGCAAGCACAAAAGCGUAUUAUGAGCGAGCUUAUGCCGACUCAUCGACUCAUACGUAUUUGCCUUAAAACGGACAAAGUGGAGGUCGUUUUUCCGCUCGGAUUCGGUGUUGAUCCAGUUUUGAGUCCAUCUCUUUUCAUGUACAAGUCCUCUCGCCGUAAUGGAGCGUUAUAUGUUGGGAUCUUGAAUUAUAAUGCAUCGCAAAUUGUAAGUUUCGAUCGUAAGUUAGUAACUUGCGAUCGAAAACUCGAAUGAUCCUUAAAAGCCACAACAUGAAGUGACAGUCCGUCCAGUACUGGAUGAUUGAUAAUUAGUUAACACAUGAAUAAAAAGGGUAAUGGCGAUGCUGCGUCAUGGGGUAUUACGAGAUAAUUUGGUUCUGUCAACUGACACUCUUAUGAAGGACAAACGAUGUAAACGUUUGACUUAGAAACUCUUUUCAGCAGCCAAUUUACAUUAUCAACUCAGUUGAUAAAACCAAUUUAUCUGGGCCCAGUUGUUCGAAGGCCGAUUAGCGCUAACCCAGG